AUGACGUGGACACAAAGAUCCACGUAUGCAAAGCCUAAAGCCAGCAUGCCCUAUUCCCAUUGGUUCCCUAACUUGACAUCAUCAACCGAAAGCACGUGAAAGGACUGGGAAUGGCAGUUUCGUAGAUAUUUCUCAAAUUCAAGCCGUAUUAAUUACCUGCCAAGGCUAAAUGACAUGCCCCGCCUUCCUAAGGACGAACACUUUCCGUUGACCUUCUUUAAAAUGAACCCACGAAAAUAAUUAAAAGGUAAAAGAAAGCGAGAGAAAAUGCGAGAAAGUGAGGGAAACUGAGAGAAAGUGAAGAAGAAAGAAAGAAAAUAAUGAAGCACAUUUUUAAGAAGCUACACAUAGGAAGCAAUCACGAACCUAAUCGAACUUCGACAAACGACACAUCGCCGUCACCAUCGCCAUCGCCAUCGCCAUCUCCGUCAUGCGCCACUGAUCAUCAACGCACGAUGUCCGGGAACUCUCCGAUGAUUCCUUCUACAAAUACGAUGUCAUCUUCGCCUGUGACAGCGAUGACGGUGCCGGUAUCGUCGAGCAUGGGGUUGAGUACUCCAUCAUCAACGGCGUUCGCGAAGAAUCGAGAGUCCGAUUUUAUGUUAUCGGAGGAAGAGUUUCAGGUGCAGUUAGCCUUAGCGAUAAGUGCUUCGAAUUCGGAGGAUCCGGAGAAGGAUCAGAUCCGAGCGGCGACGUUUCUGAGCUUAGGGAGUCAUCAUCGAGUGGAUUUGGGGUUAGGGAGGGAUAAGGAUGAUGUAGCAGCCGAGGUUUUGGCCAGGCAGUAUUGGGAAUACAGUGUGCUUGAUUAUGAGGAAAGAGUGGUGGAUGGUUUUUAUGAUGUAUACGGGCUCUCCACUGAUUCUGGAAUCCUAGGAAAAAUGCCAUGUCUUGCUGAUCUUGAGAGAAAUCUUGGGAAUUCUGGCUUUGAAGUUGUAAUUGUCAAUCGAACAAUUGACCCAGCCCUAGAAGAGUUGUUGCAAAUUGCGCACUGUAUUGCAUUAGAUUGCCCUCCUACCAAUGUUGGUGUUUUAGUUCAAGGGCUUGCCGAACUUGUAACAGGACAUAUGGGUGGACCUGUUAAAGAUGCUAAUAUAAUAUUGGCCAGAUGGAUGGAAAGAAGCACAGAGCUCAGAACAUCUCUUCAUACAAGUGUUUUGCCUGUUGGAUCCAUAAAUAUAGGCCUGUCCCGGCAUCGUGCAUUACUCUUCAAGGUGUUGGCAGAUAGCAUAAGGUUACCUUGUAGACUGGUAAAAGGCAGUCAUUACACUGGUGUUGAGGAUGAUGCUGUAAAUAUAAUAAAGCUGGAGGAUGAAAGGGAGUUUUUGGUUGAUCUAAUGGCAGCUCCUGGUACACUUAUACCUGCUGACAUUUUAAAUGCAAAAGAUACAACUUUUAAGCCAUUCAAUCCAAUAAUUGCCAAUAUCCCAACUCUUCAGUCGCCUGAUGAUGUAUACUCAAGAGCAAAGCGACUUAAUGGUGAAGGUAGUAGUCAGCAUCCUGUGAUCAAUAGUCGUCUGCCCUUGGAUUGGGGUUCAAGUUCUGCAAGUGAAGAGUUGUUGUCUUCAUUAUCAGGUGCAUGUGGUGAUUCUGGUGUUAGUUCUUCUGGAUCAUCUAACAGAGUGACCCCUAAUCAGUUAGACCAUCUUCCCUUAACUGCCAUUGGAACUUCAGUCUAUAAAGGGAGUCGUGGUGCCAAUGUAGUUGGUGAUGGCCUGAGGAUAAAUGUCAAUGUAAUGUCAUCUGGUCAGAGUCGUCAAGAGGACCCAAAAAAUCUUUUUGCAGAUCUUAAUCCAUUCCAGAUAAAAAGGACAGGCAAAACUUCCCAGCAGAACAAACUUCCCACCAAAGUUGAUGAGUUUCAGAGACAUAAAAAUAAUGUAGUUGUGGGGCGACGCCCAGUACCAUUGAUAUGGAAGAAUCGGCCUGCUUAUAAUGAGGUUCCUCGGAAGAUGGAGUACACUUAUAUGGAGGGCCUCUUUCCACAAAUCAAUCGUGAACCUAAUGAUUUUAAUCAGUCGUCAUCAGCUUCCACCAGCUCUACCAAACCUGAAAAGGUCUAUCCUCAUGGUUUUAAGUCACCUGGUGACUUUGAUAUGUUGAAUAGAGAUAAUAAAAUCAGGAAUAUUGUGUCUGGUACUAGCUCAUCUUUGGCAUCCACUACCAAUGAGUUCAAUAGCUCACUGGCUGAGGAUGCAAGCACUAAAUUUAAGGGAGAAAAUCUCAGGAAUGGACAUGAUUUACAAAAUAACAUGGGGGAUUUGCCUAAAGAGCAGGAUAAUGAGAUUGGUUUCCACAAUCGUAGAGAGUACAUCCAGGAGAGAUAUAUGGGGAAUAAUCUCAAAUUAAAGGGUCCAGAAAGUCCUAGCUCAUCAGUUGAUUGUGGCAAAGUCAGGGUUGAUCAACUAUUUGAUGAUGUAGAUGUAAGUAAAUGUGAAAUUCCUUGGGAAGACCUGGAUAUUGGUGAAAGAAUUGGACUAGGUUCCUAUGGAGAGGUCUACCAUGCUGAUUGGAAUGGCACGGAGGUUGCUGUGAAGAAGUUCCUAGACCAGGAUUUUUCAGGUGCUGCUUUAGAUGAGUUCAAAAGAGAAGUGCGAAUAAUGCGCAGACUGGGUCAUCCAAAUGUUGUUCUUUUUAUGGGUGCUGUUACUCGCCCUCGCAAUCUCUCUAUCAUUACCGAGUUUCUUCCAAGAGGAAGCUUAUAUAAGAUUCUUCAUCGUCCUCAAUCUCAAAUUGAUGAGAAGCGUAGAAUUAAGAUGGCUCUUGAUGUGGCGAGGGGCAUGAAUUGCCUACACACCAGCACACCUACCAUUGUUCACCGUGAUUUGAAAUCUCCUAAUCUUUUAGUUGAUAAAAACUGGACUGUGAAGGUGUGUGAUUUUGGAUUGUCACGCUUGAAGCAUAAUACCUUUCUAUCAUCCAAAUCAACUGCAGGAACACCUGAGUGGAUGGCUCCCGAAGUACUUCGCAAUGAACCCUCAAAUGAGAAAUGUGAUGUUUAUAGCUUUGGUGUCAUUCUUUGGGAGCUUGCUACCCUGAGACUGCCUUGGAGCGGCAUGAAUCCAAUGCAAGUUGUGGGUGCUGUUGGUUUCCAGAAUCGUCGGCUUGACAUUCCCAAGGAACUUGAUCCUUUGGUUGCCAGUACAAUUUGGCAAUGCUGGCAGACUGAUCCAAGUUUGCGGCCUUCAUUCGCAGAGCUCACGGUAGCUUUAAAAUCCUUGCAGCGGCUUGUUAUCCCUUCUCAGCAAGACCAAGAAUCAAGCACGCCUCUGCCACAAGAGAUUUAAGUAAAUUCUACACCCUGAAUGAAAUUUCUCAAUUCCUCAAUUGUGAAUAAGAACCAUUCUGUUUUCCUUUCAAAUGGGUCAUAUGCAUACAUGUUGCUGCACCUUUGCACAAAAAACCGCAGCACUUUUGUACAGUAAAUGUCCAUAGUUUUGUCCAAAAAAAACAAAAACUUUGUCUUGUAUAUGUCAACGCUACAAACCAAUGGAAAAUCGUCAUUAUGAAUUAAAA